GAGACUGAACCCAGGUCGGUAUUAUCGCCCCGCUCCUUCAGUAGGUUUAACGGAGCUCGAAAAUAACAACUGCAACUCGACCAGCCGGAUGAACCCGCACUCGCAGGUGAAGAAAGAAUCAUGGGACAUCGUUACUGUGGAAACGACGUUACAGCUAUCUGCAAGAAAAUGGUUUAACGCUAACAAGAUGCUAACAGCUAACGGAGGCGUCACCAUCGCUGAUAAGACCGACUCUGUGGCUGAGAAAGGUGUCCGGGCAAGUUAAGAGUGAACCACAGCUGGCUCGUUAAACCCCAUCAUGAUGCUCCAGGAUGGGUCAACACAGCUCCUCUGCCUCACAGCCAGCAGCGGGGUUCCACUUUUCACAAGAGGAGUUUCCAAGCAGCUGCCUUUCUCUGUCAUCGGCUCCCUGAAUGGUGUCCACAUGUUCGGAGGUGGCCAGGGAGUAGCGCUGUCCUGCUGCGAGACUGAGGGCGGCGGGAAGGUGGUGUGGAGAGUGUUUCAGGACAGCGUGAUGCUCAUCGCGGUGACUGGAGGUGGACAUGGAGGUGGACAUGGAGGUGGACAUGGAGGUGGACAUGGAGGUGCAGGCGGCAGCAAAGGAGAGGAGGUCCGUUCACAACGCCUCCUGGAGAAUGUGUGGAACUGCAUGGUGCUGGUGUUGGGGCAGGAUGAGCUGGCCAAUGUCAGGAAUGUUGAGAGGCUGAAGAGGGACUUGAGGUCCUGCUUUGGCCUAAUUGAUCAGCUGUUGGAGGGGAGUCAAGAUGGCAUUCUGGGUAACCUAACACACUGCGCUGAUUCCCUUCUACCCCCUAACCCCACUCUUCUUCAAGAGGCUGUGGAUGGCUUCGCUCAGGCUGCAGACAGUGAAUUUGGCUGCCUCAUCGUCCACGGGCGGAUAGCUGCGGCAACUGAGAAGUGGUGGCGCCUGGCACCGCAGGAAGUUGUGCUGCUCUCUGCUUUGAUGCGGUCCCUCUCAGCCUCUGGAUCGACCUCUUGUGAUUACCCAGUUUUCCUUCCUCAGGGCAGCCCCACUGUCGCCCACCGCCUGCUCCGUUUCCAGCUGCUCCCUGGGGCAGAUGUGUGCGUGCUGUGCGGCCCGACUCCUACCCUGCACAGAGCUGAGAGUGGGCUGGUGGUUCGUUUCUGGACACCCCUGGUGGAGACCCUCAGGGAUUGCCUGGCUGUUGGAGAGCGCUGCUUACCAGGAUCUGUAUCAUUGCGCCCUGAUGUGCUGGCACUUCUCCUCAUCAACCGUGAGACACGUCGCUCAGUCUCCUGCGUGCGGACUAAUCAUCCGCUUGGUGACCCUAAAUUACCCUCUAAGGCCCGCUGCUGGGAGCUACUGAGGCUCUUCUACAUCUUCAGCACGACACGCUACUUCACCCAGGAGGAGACUUUGUGUGUCUCCCCAGAGGAGAGGGCUCAGAGAGGCACCACUGAAGACUUUGUCCUUGGAUUCUCCCACCAGCCGCUACAGUGCUACCUCGUUACAGAAGAGUGCAAAAGCUAUGGACUUCAGACACCACAGCACCAGCUCUACCUGCUUAUCCCACUGUCAGUGCCCACCUUCGCACUGCGUACAGUGGCCACACAGACUCUUUCUGAUAUAGUUACAGCCACUGGGUUUUAACUUACUUUGUUAUAACAAUCUUAAUUUUCAGUAAACCCACCAUCUUCAACCUAAUAAUAUAUUAAUUUACAGGUGAAUAGCUGUUCACCUCUAAUGUGAAUUACCCUCUGAUAUUUAGAUUGUUCUUAUAUCUUCAUUGAUGACAGCAAACAUAUAAUUACAUGAUGACUAACAAAUCUAGAGUUAUUUAAAAACAAAAGCUUCCAUCUUUUGAAAAGACUGAUUAACUGACCACUGGUAAGAGAUGUACAAUGCAAAAGGGUAUCACUGUUAAUGGUCUCACCGGGUAUUACGAAACUACUGCUCAAGAAUUCAAUGCUGCUGAUAAUAUGAAAACAAUGUCCUACCAACGUGAACUGCUUUGAGCUAUGUUUUGCAUUCAAGAGAUAAGUAAUUGUUGCACAAUUGUGUCUAACCUCACUGGCCUCAAGGCUGUCCCUCUCACUGCCACGAAUGCUGGUUAGAUUUACUGCAUACUGACAUUAUCACCAGGAUUGCACUGUAUUCCAACAUUUAAGAGAAUCAUGUGAAACGGUAACACUGGGAUGAAUAAGUGCCUGCUGUUUGUUGCUUUGACAUGUGGAAUCGUUUUGCUUCAGAAAUGUUGACAUUAUUUGUUUGUACUAGUGAUCCUAAAUAUAGUUGGUUACUUUU